AACCUCACUGGUCACGCAUGAGGUUGGCGGGCAGCCGGUUGAGUGUCUGUUAGUUUUUAUCGUUUCCCUUCCCUGACAUUCCUCAAAUUACUUACUAAACUUUUCCCCCCCCAAACAAUUCGCUAAAUAGGCGGAGUCAUUCUCUUUCAGUUUCGUCGGCAAGCGGCAGACAGUCUGAAGUCAUGCCGUCCAGCGCCGGACCCAGCAGCCCCGCCGCUGCUCUCGCUGAGGCGCUCGACAGCUCGGCCCGGCUCGUCGACCGACACCUGCAGGAUGACCGCUGCUUCCCGGACCUGUCGGAGCUGCUCAGCGUUCCCUCACAUAAUAUACCGUCCCUCUCCGGGGUAUCGGACAUGGACUAUCCCCUCCAAGGUCCGGGUUUACUCAGCGUGCCCAACCUGCCGGAGCUCAGUGCCGUGCGCCGAGUCCCGCUCCCGCCGGAGCUGGUAGAGCAAUUCAGCCAUAUGCAGUUCAACUGCAUGAUGGGAGUUUUUCCCGAGAUUUCUCGAGCGUGGCUCACGAUUGACAACGACAUCUUCAUGUGGAAUUAUGAGGACGGGGGAGAUGUGGCUUAUUUCGACGGCCUCAUCGAAACCAUUUUGGCAGUCGGGCUGGUGAAACCAAAACAAGGGAUUUUGCAACCUCACAUUCAUUACCUGCUUGUGUUGGCCACAUCUGUGGAUGUUGUAAUCCUGGGACUGAGCUUUCCAAAGGGCCACGCUGGGCUGAAUGACAGCAUGUCGGGCGGCAUGCAGCUGCUGCCAGACCCCCUCUUCUCCAUCCCCACCGACAACACCUACAUCCUCUCGGUCACCUCCACCGACCUGGGUCGCAUCUUCAUGGCGGGCAAGGACGGCUGCCUGUACGAGAUCGCCUACCAGGCGGAGGCGGGCUGGCUGAGUCAGCGCUGCCGCAAGAUCAACCACUCCAAGAGCUCCUUGUCCUUCCUCGUACCGUCUGUGCUCCAGUUCUCCUUCUCUGAGGACGACCCAAUUGUGCAGAUUGCGGUGGACGACUCCCGCAACACGCUAUUUACACGCUCCGAGAAAGGAGUCCUACAGGUGUAUGACCUGGGCGCUGAUGGACAGUGUAUGAGUCGCGUGGCCACCAUGUCUCAAAGCAGCAUUGUUGCAGCCGCCGGAAACAUUGCCAGGACGAUAGAUCGUUCCGUCUUCAAGCCCAUCGUCCAGAUCUCUGUGAUUAGUCGAUCAGAGUCUUCUGACUGUCACCUGCUUGCUGUGACACUCGCAGGUGUGCGUCUCUACUUCAGCACUACGCCUUUUGCACCGCCGCAACAAAGGCACACGCCAGCGCGACCGUCCUUGCUCUCUCUGGUUCACGUCCGCCUACCGCCGGGCUUCUCCGCAUCCUCCACACUGCAGAAACCCGCCAAGGUCCACAAGGCGCUGCACAGUAAAGGUAUUUUGCUGAUGGCGGCUUCUGAGACGGAGGACAACGACCUCCUGUGGUGCAUCAACCAUGACUCAUUCCCCUUCAAGAAGCCCUUGAUGGAGACUCAGAUCAUGUCUAAUAUUGAUGGACACACAUGGGCUAUAAGCGGCAUCAACGAGGAAAGGCCAGCCAGGAUUUGUACUCCCCUGAACACGGACCUCAUCCCCGUCACCGAUUCGCCUGUGGUGGUGUUGCAGCACAACAUCCCCCCACAAAAAUUUGUCCUCCUUUCAGCAAAGGGGAGUCACAUCUUCCAAAAGCUGCGUCCCGUGGAUCAGCUCCGUCACCUACUGGUGAGCUGUGCAGGAGGCGAAAGCGAGGAGAUCGAGCGCUUCUUUAAGCUACACAGGGAGGAGCAGGCUUGCGCCACAGCCUUGAUCCUGGCUUGUUCCAAUGCCGCUUGUGACAGAGAAGUCUCGCAGUGGGCCACCAGAGCCUUCUUCAGAUAUGGAGGAGAAGCACAGAUGAGAUUUCCCGCAGCUAUGUCACCACCCAGCAAUGUUGGACCCAUGAUGAGCUCCCCAGCACCUGGUGAGUGCAUGCUCAAUGUGAGUGUGUGUGUGUGUGUGUGUGUGGGGGGGGACUCUCCAACCACUUCAUUGCCUGAUAUUCAAAUACUGUAUGAUUUGUUCUAUCCAAAAGGCAUUUUGCCUCCACCGCUGGCCACACCCUUUGGUCCAAUGCACUCUGGGUCUGCCCCCAUUACACCGAUGUCUGUUGGGCCAGAGGUGAUUUUCUCCGGGAAGCACAACGGCAUCUGUGUCUACUUCGCUCGCAUUCUCGGAAACAUUUGGGACGGGAGCCUAGCAGUGGAAAAAACCAUCAGCAAAGGAAAUCAGACUGUCAGUAUUUUGGGAAGCAGCGUUGCUUCGUUUCAUCUGGAGUCGGUCCUUCUAGAGCUCCACGGGUUGAAGGAGUUUCUGGACAAAAACUCUCAGUUCAGUCCAUCCUCUCUGAGCGGCUCAAGCUUCAACUCCCCUGGGAACCUGCAGCAAAGACUGCUGGGAUUUAUGCGGCCGGAUGGCGCCAGCUCUCAGCAGGUCCAGCAGGAGCUUCAGAGGAAAUAUCACACCAAGGCUCAGGUCUAUGAGAAAGUUUCCUUGCAGAGCAUCCAGGCGCUAGUACACCGCUCCUAUCAGACUCUAGCCCUCUGGAAGCUUCUCUGCGAUCAUCAGUUCAGCCUCAUAAUGUCAGAACUGCCCAAGGAGUUUCAAGAGCAGAUGAAGGGAGCGAGUUUCAAGGAUGUGGUGAUCCGGGGCAAGGAGCUGUCAGGAGCCCUGGUCACGGCGCUCAUUAACGUCUACAUUAAAGAUAACGCCUCUGUGGAUGCCAUCAGCAAUCACCUGCGGGACCUCUGCCCGCUGCUCUACAGCACCGACGACAGCGUCUGCUCCAAGGCUAACGAGUUGUUGCAGAGCUCCAAGCAGAUCCAGAGCAAAGUCGAUAAAGAGAGAACCCUGAGAGAGUCACUUCGUCUCUACCAGCAAAUCAGUCAGCACACUGACCUACCACUGGUUUGCUCCCAGUACAGACAAGUGCGUUUCUAUGAGGGUGUGCUUGAGCUGUGCCUCACGGCGGCUGACAAGAAGGACCCCCAGAGGCUGGGUCCCCAUUUUUACAAAAAUGGAGAGCCUGAGGAGGACCAGGCGGGACAGCUGGCCUUCCAGGAAAGGCUAUUGUGUUACAAAUGCAUCACGGACACUAUGCAGGAGCUGGUGAACCAAAGCAAAGCGGCCCCUCAGUCCCCCAGCGUCCCAAAACAGCCGGGGCCUCCCGUCCUCACCUCGGAUCCUAACAUGCUGAGUAAUGAGGAAGCGACAGCCCAUUUUGAGCAGAUCUUCGGUCUGGCCCAGAGGUCCCAAGACGAGCUGUUUCAUAUUGCCCUGUAUAACUGGCUCAUCCAGGCUGAUCUGGCGGACAAGCUGCUAGAGGUGAAUUCGCCAUACCUGGAAGAGCAUCUCAUGCAUAUGAUCAAGCAGGAUCAGAGCAAGGUACACAACAUGGACCUGCUGUGGCGCUACUACGAAAAGAACCGCAACUUUGGCAAAGCAGCCCACGUUCUGGCCCGCCUCGCCGACAUGCACAGCACUGAGAUCUCCCUCAAGCAGCGCCUGGAGUACUUGGCCCGGGCCAUCCUGUCUGCUAAGAGCUCCUCCUCCAUCUCCGCUCAGGCGGCAGAUGGCGAGUUCCUCCAUGAGCUGGAGGAGAAGAUGGAGCUGGUACGUAUCCAAGUCCAGAUUCAGGAGACACUGAUGCGACAGUACUCCAAUCAUCCUUCUGUGAAAAACGCCAUCUCUCAGUUGGAUUCAGAUCUCAUGGACAUCACCAAGCUCUACGGGGAAUACGCUGACCACUUCAAACUGUCCGAGUGCAAGCUGGCCAUCAUUCACUGCGCGGGACACUCUGAUCCGAUCCUGGUGCACUCGCUGUGGCAGGAAAUCAUCGAGAAAGAAUUGGCAGACACGGUGGCUAUGAGUCCAGUGGACAGGAUGAGAUCCCUCAGUUUGAAGCUGGUGUCGCUGGGCAGGAUCUAUGCGGGAACGCCGCGAUAUUUUCCAUUAGAAUUCCUGGUGAAGUAUCUGGAGCAGGAGGUGUGCCGCCUCAACUGGGACGUGGGCUUCGUCACGUCCACCAUGCAGGAGAUCGGGGUGCAGCUGCCGCGCCUUCUGGAGGUCUACGACCAGCUUUUCAAAUCCAGGGAUCCUUACUGGCAGCGUCUGAAGAAGCCUCUGCACUUGGUGGAGUGCAUCCACGUGCUUCUGUCGGGUUACGUGGACGACCCCAGUAGAGUGCCCACGUAUGACAGACGCCGCUUCACCAACGUGUGUCUGGACAACAUCUGCGGCUACUUGGUGGAGCUGCAGUCCCUCAGCCCCAACGCCACACUCCAGCACACCAUCGGCAACUUUAAGUCUCUGCAGGCCAAACUGGAUAAACUUCACUGACGUUCGCCGCGCUCCCUCUGUUGCCUUUAAUCGCUUAGCUGGUAAAUCUGUCACAUUUGUACGAUGGAGACGGGAUUCAGGUAUCAGUCAGCGUUAUACAAUACUCACAAAAGGUUAGAGGUGAAAUAGCAGAAUGAAACCUAAAUGAACAGUUGGACAUGUGAAUUCAAAAGUUUCGAGAAGGUCGAAUUGAGUUCGGCUGUAAAGUGUAUAGUGCAAUUUAGGUUCAUCCUGAAAUUUCUCCCCAAAGCCAAAGAUUCCUCACUUUUUGUGAGUAAGUAGUGUAUCUUAUUUUUUAGUAAUAUGCCAAGUAGGACUAUUCAUGACACCACAGUGCAAGGAUAUGACCGUAAGGAGACUGAAGAAGCAGGUUUAACUUAUUUAAUGCUUAAUCGUGUUCCAAAACACAACAUUGAAAAGGUUGUAAAUAUAGUACAUUUACUCCUUUGUUUUUACAAGAGGAGACAGACAGACAUCCAUCACUUUUUUUUUUCUUUUUGACAAUGUACAUAAAACCAAUUUGAAUAUUUUUAUAAUGUGUUCAUGAGGCUGUUUUUCCACUUUUCGGCACAGUUGCCUCCAGCCUUGCUAUUGCCCGCCGCGCAACUAGCUGCCUUAAAAUGGCGGCUGCGUUGUUCGCAAUGUGAUGUCGCAGAGGGACGUCACGUCUUUGUGUUCAUGCAAUUACGUUUCAUUAAAAACGGCACUCAAGGCCUUCCCGUACAGUCAUCACAAAAGGGAACACUUAAAUGGUUGUUGUCUUUUCCUUCCAAUUAGUGUAAGCGCAUUGAUAUUUUAGCCUGGUGGAAAUAAAGAAGUUUGGA